UUCCUCCGUCCUUGCAGCACCUCGUGAGGAUCACUUGUUGUUGCGAAGCCAUGGUGAUGAAGUGCACCGCUGUGUGCCUCCUGGCACUGGCCUUCGUCUGCGAUGCUCAGUACCCCAUGCAAAAUCGGCGACAAGAUGACGCCGGUUCCCAGCAGUCCAAAAACCCAUUUGAAAAGCCGGUCACCUGGAUUUACCCGGAAGAUCCUCAGCCUCCGCCCAAGGUUGACGUGACCAUUGAGAUCAGGCACCCCAUCUCCCCUACGACCGUCGCUGUGGACUGCCGGGAGAGGGACGCACAUGUGGAGGUCAAGAAGGACUUCUUUGGAAUAGGCCAGGCGGUCAACCCCGAGGACCUCACCCUGGGAAACUGCGGCGCCGUGGGGGAAGACACAACUGCUCACGUGCUGAUUUACGAGUCUGAGCUGCACAAUUGCGGCAGUGAGUUGAGGAUGACCGAAGACUCCCUCAUCUACCAAUUCAAGCUCUUUUACACCCCCAGCCAGUUAGUGGGGACCCCUAUUGUGAGGACUCCCAAAGCUGUUGUGGUCGUAGAAUGCCACUACCCGAGGAAUCACAACGUGAGCAGCCUACCUCUCGACCCACACUGGGUUCCGUACUCUGCCGUCAAGGUGUCCGAGGAGUUCUUGUACUUCAGUCUGACCCUCAUGACCACCGACUGGAUGCACGAGAGGCCUCGCUUUGAAUACUUCCUGGGUGACAUGAUUUUCAUCGAGGCGUCCGUCAAGCAGUUCUACCACGUGCCCCUCCGUGUUUACGUGGACAGCUGUGUGGCUACGCUCUCACCUGAUAUUAACUCCAACCCCAGAUAUGGCUUCAUUCAGGACGGAUGUUUAGUUGAUGCCAGCAUCACGGGAUCAAACUCCAGAUUCAUGCAGCGCACAGACGAGAACAAGCUUCGGUUCUUGUUGGAGGCCUUUAGGUUCCUGGGCACUGACGGAGGUGGAGGCGGAGGCGGAGGUGGAAAGGGGAAAGAAGGUGAAAUUGACUACUCCAAUAGGAUGUACAUUACCUGCUACCUGAGAGCCACGUCCACCAGCCACAGCAUUGAUUCUGAGCACAGGGCCUGCUCCUACAUCGAUGGCUGGAGGGAGGCCAGCGGAGUGGAUGCAGCUUGCAGCACAUGUAGUAGCGGUGGACACCAGUCUACUGGUAAAGGUGUAGUGAACAGCGGUGGCAACACGGGUUGGAAUCCUUCUACGGGUACAGGGGGCGGAACAGGCACUGGCUGGGGCACCGGGGGCGGUGGCUCAACCACCAUUGGAGGCGGAAAACCCUGGAUCCCACCCCGCCAACAACAACAACAAGGCUCUUCGGAUGGCAGCACUUCUUGGAGCACAGGGGGCGGAACAGGCGGUACCUGGGGCACCGGGGGCACCGGGAGCGGAACAGGCGGUACCUGGGGAACCGGGGGCGGUACCUGGGGCUCAACCACCACUGGAGGUGGCAAACCCUGGACCCCCGGCCAACAACAACAAGGUUCUUCGGGUGGCAGCACUUCUUGGAGCACAGGGGGCGGAACAGGCACUACAUGGGGCACCGGGGGCGGUGGCGGUGGCGGUGGCGCUGGCGCUGGCGGUGGCGGUGGCGGUGGCGGUGGAGGUGGCAGUGGCUCCACUGGAGGUGGAAAACCCUGGACCCCCAGCCAACAACAACAAGGUUCUCCGGGUGGCAGCACUUCUUGGAGCACAGGGGGCGGAACAGGCACUACCUGGGGCACCGGGAGCGGUGGCGGUGGCGGUGGCGGUGGCGGUGGCGGUGGCGGUGGAAGUGGCUCCACUGGAGGUGGCAAACCCUGGACCCCCAGCCAACAACAAGGUUCUUCGGGUGGCAGCACUUCUUGGAGCACAGGGGGCGGAACAGGCACUACCUGGAGCACCGGGGGCGGCUCAACCACUACUGGUGGCAAACCUUGGACCCCCAGCCAACAACAAGGCCAAGGUAGCUGGGGCACUGGCGGCGGUGUAACAGUCAGCGCUCCGGUCGUUAAAAAAACCCUCAGUGCCUGGGUCUCCGGCGGCGGUUCAAGGAAGGGCCGUUCCGUGACAGAAGAGGAGAUAGUCUGGAGAGGUGCGGUCACGCUGGGUCCCAUCGCCAUUGGAGAGCAGCAAUAAAGCCAACAUUCCAUGGCAAUCCAAAGAAACCUUCACAUUGGUUGAUGACUGACUGGAUGUUAUUCCCCGCACAACGCUAUGACCUCUGUUUCAACCAAAAGAAAGAGGGGAAAAAAACAGUUAAAAUACUAAGUGUCCCAAAAAAUAAAACCUUUUCAAAUUGCCACUUCUGUUGCAUUGUCGCUUUGUAAUGACAUGAAUAUUUAAUAAAAGCCACUUUUUUUCCCAA